GCGACGGGUGGUGUGUCCGCGACUCCCGGGGCAAGUGGCGCCCGACCGCGCUCAGGGCUGACCGCCGGGGGGCCGGGACGGCCGGGCGGAGCCGAAGCCGGGCGCCCAGGCUCGGCUAGACGCGUCGGGAGGAGCCGGCCGGCGGCACGUGACCGACCGCGGAGGCCGCGGCCCAGAAAUAGCCCGGGGGCCGCGGUCCCGCCCCGCGGCCGGCGAGAGCGCUGGGGAGGCGGCCGGACCCAGGCUGGGCGCGGUGCGGCCCGGACGAUGCUGCUGAGCCCCGGCCCGGCCCGGCCCAGAGCACAUGAUGGCGAUACGGGAGCUCAAAGUGUGCCUCCUCGGGGACACGGGGGUUGGGAAAUCAAGCAUCGUGUGUCGGUUUGUCCAGGACCACUUUGACCACAACAUCAGCCCCACCAUUGGGGCAUCUUUUAUGACCAAAACUGUGCCUUGUGGAAAUGAACUUCAUAAAUUCCUCAUCUGGGACACCGCUGGCCAAGAGCGGUUCCACUCGCUGGCCCCCAUGUACUAUCGAGGGUCAGCCGCGGCUGUCAUAGUGUAUGACAUCACUAAACAGGAGUCAUUUCAUACCUUGAAAAAAUGGGUUAAGGAGCUGAAAGAGCACGGCCCCGAAAACAUUGUGAUGGCGAUUGCUGGGAACAAAUGUGACCUCUCAGAUAUUAGGGAGGUGCCCCUGAAGGAUGCUAAGGAGUAUGCUGAGUCCAUCGGUGCCAUCGUGGUUGAGACCAGUGCGAAACAUGCCAUCAACAUCGAAGAGCUCUUUCAGGGCAUCAGCCGCCAGAUCCCACCCUUGGACCCCCAUGAAAAUGGAAACAGUGGAGGGAUCAAGCUUGGGAGCCAGAGCUUGCCAGGCAGCCGGAGGUGCUGCUGAGCUGGCAUACAGAGCGCCAAGGAAGAAGCCAGCUCCGGUGGUCAGCCCGCACAGAAGGACCCCACCCUCAGGGCUAACUGCCUGCUGCAGAGUGAGCAGCUUUGCACCCUGGGAGACCCACAGGACGCUCAGCAUGGGAAAUUCCCUGAAAAGAGGUUAUGGAAAACCCAGCAUACCACCACAAUAUGGCCUUCCAUUUAUGAACCGCCCACAGCAGGGCUUGUACUUGCUAGGUAUAGUUGCCAUUUUUGUUAAAUAUUAGAAACUUUUUAGAUUUGUUCACAAGCCUUGAGGUGCCCUUCUCCUCUGAUUUCCUGUGCCACCUAGUCAGAGCCCAGGGCCAGGGCCUCCGCUCCUGGCCAGUUCACCAAAAGGCAAAGGUAAUGUAGCAGGUUGGUUACCUUUUAGCUGGCUUUGGAAGUAAGGCUUUCUUAGUUUCCUGAGGGAAAUCAGACAUGAAUAGCUGCACCAUCACCCAGACUAAGAAUUGAUCUUCUGUGAAAGACAGAAGUUGGAUUAGAAACUGCCAUCUGUGCCCCUUUUCAUUUAGCUGAUGAACAUUUUCCUCAGGUAAACCCAACCAAAUCAGACUCGAAGGUUACAUAUAAUCCCGGUUUAAAAGAGUUAAGUAGUUACUGUGUCAGCAGUGGAAAGAUGGAGGAUGUAAAUAGCAUCCGGGGCACCACCCAAAUGCAUCCUCUCCAUUGUAGUGAGUUUCUGCUCUUGGAGAUGAUUAAUUCACAGAGCAUUGAUUUACGAGGAGACUGUGUCACGGUUUCGCAUCCAAGGGAUAAAACCAAUCACAGGAUGUUUGAGUCUAAACUGUAGGGCAAACUUCUUCUAGUAAUAGCAGCUAAUCAUGGGUGACAGCACCCCAGGCAGAGAAUGCCCCCGCCUUAAAAAUAUGGACCCCCGAAAGGACAAGGUCAGAAGAAGUGCUUUACGCUCUGCCUGCUUUGGAAAGAAAGGCCGUCCAGCAGACAGAGCCCGUUCCAGGCGCAGACGAGGCUGUCUGUGUGUCAAUGUAAUAUUCUUCCUGCUUCUCCCAGUUCGGGAGUUAAUUGAAAUCUAGAAUAUGGGGAAUAACAAAUACUUGUCUCCAUUCAAGAGUGUCCCUCAGUGUCCCAGAGCAGGCCUCUCAAACAGCGUUAGCAAAUGGCACCUGUAUGUCAUCAGGGCCUUCUCGAGGACGGUCAGUUCCUAUCCCAUGUCACCAGCUGACAAAAACAUCAGCGUGCUCACUGCAGGUGAAACAAACAAAAAACUGUUGUGUUGAAGCUGAGGUGGCCGCUUUCCACACAGUGUCAAGCUUGUUUUUCAAACACCUCCCCCCCACCCCGUUUUGGGAAGCUUUGGCUGGGAGCUUGCCUUUGUCCGGCUGGCGGUCUAGACUUUGGAGCCGAGAUGUUGCCGGUCCCAGGAGAGAACGCCACGGGUUUGGAUUGGGUUUGCAGUGGCUGAAUUCUGCAUGAACUGUCUGGGCGUCACCCUGACGGUGAGCCGCCCUGGCAUAUUGGAGAAGCACAUGAGGGAAUGAAACCUCGAUUUCUCCAGGCUGCAGCGUCAACGAUAUCAAAGCCAGGCGGAGGGCCACCACCACCGGCAAGGAAAGAAUGUGGCACCUGGCCCCACACAUAGUCAUACCAUCUUGGGCCUUUUCUGCAGACAGGUGCUGUGGCGUCUGGGGCUUCUGUACCCUUGGCAUUCCUUUUGGGCUGUUUUAACAACUGACCCUAAGUCAUAGGAAGGUCUGUGGAGACCUAGAAGUUACACCUGCUCCUCACAUAGGCUGUAGUGUCCUCUCCAUCAGUCCCCAGAUUCCCUUCUCAACCCCCACUUUCUCUCCUCUCACACCUGGCAGGUUUGUAUAUGUGUAAAUACGAUUUUAUGUUGGCUGCACCUACAGGUAAUCCAUUUCAGGCCUGUGUCCGUAAGUAAGGCCCAGGCUGUCAAAGGGAUUCUUUCUCAACAGAAGUCCCUAAGGACAAUGGUAGAGCUGUGCAAAUGUUUUACGCAGGUACAGAAUCGACUUGCCAUUUUGUUUUUCUUAAAAGUGGUACAUUAGGGUACGGAAUAUGACGUUGCCUUGCAGACUAACCUGCAUUCUAGCCAACAGCAAGGGCUGUGCCCAGUGGGAAUCCCACUCCUACUACGGGAGGUUUGGGGGACUGAAAUGUUUGCUCUGCCAUCAAGGACUAUAGCCUGUGUAGGCUCCUUGCUGCUCAGCAGCGUUCAGGGUGGGGGGGAGGGGGGGAGACAGAAGCCAGCAGUCAGCAAUGGCUUCUGUCUGUGCCAAGACCUCAUCGUGCUCUUCGCCACUGUCGUGACACCAGAGUGAGCCAGCAGUCACGCUGUCACCCAGACCGUCGCCCCUUCUGGUGUGUUGGUAAAGGCUUUCCACUUGGGCUGGACCCAGGUUUUGCACCUAGAAGACCCCUUCCGCAGACAAAAGGACCUUCGCCUGCUAUGCUCUGUGCUCUGGAGAAGCGUUUCCCUCGGUGCGCAUUGGCAUCAGCUGCUUGGUUUUAACCCAUCGGAAAGCAUUCCUACUAAUAAAUAUUUCAAGUCUUA